AUGACCUUCGCCGAGCUUUUGGAGCAGGUGGGCGGCAUGGGCCGCUUCCAGGUGCUCAACGUGGCCAUGCUGUGCUUCCCAGUGGUGAUGAUGGCGGCUCACAACCUGCUGCAGAACUUCACGGCGGCCAUGCCCGGGCACCGCUGCCGCAUCUCCGCAAACGACACCUGCGGCGUGGACGGCGAUGCCCCGGGGCGCUGCGGGGAGCUGCUGAGAGCCACCAUCCCUACAGACGGGGGCCGGAUGCUGCAGAAGUGCCGCCGAUUCAUCACCACCCAGUGGCCCGUACUGGACCGCAACUUCACGGGGCUGGAGGCACCGGGGGCAGAGCUGGAACCGUGCCUCGAUGGAUGGACCUACGAAGGAAGCGUCUUUGCUUCCACCAUCGUGACAGAGUGGGACCUGGUGUGUGACUUUCGGAACCUGCAGCAGAUGGCGCAGUCGAUCUACAUGGCCGGCGUGUUGCUGGGUGCGGUUGUGUUUGGCGGCCUCUCGGACAAGUUCGGCCGCAAGGCGUUGCUGAUCUGGUCAUGCUUCCAGGUCGCCGUUUCCGGGUGCUGCGCCGCCUUCGCUCCGAGCUUCACCGCCUACUGCACUUUCCGCUUCCUCUCGGGAAUGGCUUUGUCGGGCAUCGGCCUGAACUGCACCUCACUGUCGGUGGAGUGGACGCCGAUGCGCUCGCGGGCCACCGUGAGCAUGGUGACCGGCUACGGCUACAGCGCGGGGCAGUUCGUCCUGGCAGGCGUGGCCUACGCCGUGCGUGACUGGCGCUGGCUGCAGCUGGCCGUCUCCUGCCCCUACUUCGCCUGCUUCCUGUACAGCUGGUGGUUCACAGAGUCGGCCCGAUGGUACACCACGGCUGGCAAGCUGGACCAGGCACUCAAGGAGCUGCGGAAAGUUGCCCGGGUCAACAAGAGGAAGGAGCAAGGAGAGAAGCUCAGUCUUGAGGACCUGAAAGUCAGCAUCCAGAAAGAGAAGCCCACCCCCAAGUCCAGCUUCAUCGUUGCCGACCUCGUGCGCACGCCGGCCUUACGUCGCAGAACAUGCUGCCUCAGCUUUGUGUGGUUCUCCACCAGCUUUGCAUAUUAUGGUCUGGCCAUGGACCUGCAGAACUUUGGGGUCAGUGUCUACCUCAUCCAGGUGAUCUUCGGGGUGGUGGACAUCCCGGCGAAGCUCAUCGCCUACGGUGUGAUUUCCUAUUUCGGCCGCCGGAUCACGCAGGCCCUGGCGCUCAUCCUCGCGGGGCUGUCUGUCGCCAGCAACAUCUUUGUGCCCCAAGAUCUGAAGACCCUCCGCACCAUCUUUGCUGUUUUCGGGAAAGGGUGCCUGGGAGCUUCCUUCAACUGUGUUUUCCUGUACACUGGAGAGCUCUACCCCACGGUGAUCAGGCAGACCGGGAUGGGGUUCGGCAACACCCUGGCCCGUGUUGGCGGGAUCGUGGCCCCCCUCGUGAGGAUGACGGGCGAGUACUCCCCGUCCCUGCCCCUCCUCAUCUACGGGGCGGCCCCCAUCGUCUCCGGCAUCGCGGCCUGCUUCCUCCCGGAGACGCUGAACGUGCCCUUGCCGGAUAGCGUGGACGACGUCGAGAGGCAGUAA